UGUUUUAGGGAUUUUCGUGCUUUCGCUUUACGGUCAUACUGAGCACAUCUUAUUUUGUUGGCCCCGUAGUUUUUCACCGAAAAGGUUUUGCGCCAGGAUCAAGAGCAGGAGGAACUUGAAAGAUGGGAGCCCGACAGUCUCAAUCCCGCGAACCCCGAUCCGUUUCGAUGGAAAACCCAACUCCUGCCGGCGUUAUUGAUAUAUCCGACGAUGUGGUCAAGCGACUGAAGGCGGGGAUCUCGCAGCAGGCUCGUGAGCACGCCGCCGCUGCAGAAGAUUCGAAGCCAGCGGGGCCCAAGGCAACACCAAAGGCAGCUGCCAAGCCGGCCACAUCCUCGCCAGCUGCUGCUGCCGCUCCCAAAGUGUCCUCCUAUCCCGCAGCGGUGCCCAUUUACGUGCAGGGCGGUGGACACACCAUCAGUGCGGCCGAUGUGCAGCGCCAGAUGAACCAGGAGCUGGUCAAGAACGACGAGCUGUGGAAGGAGCGCAUGGCGAAGCUGGAGGAGAACCUCAAGAAGACCAACACCAUCCUGGAGAAGGAGUACGCCAAUGCGGUGGACAAUGUGCACAAGCGAUUCGUGAGCACCGCGUCGUCGCACAAAGUGCCUCCCUGCCAGGAUCUCAAGUCCCAGCUGCUCGCCUGCUACCGUUCGCAUCCCGGCGAGACGCUGAAGUGCAUGGAGGAGGUUGCCCAGUUCCGGCAGUGCAUCGAUCUGCAUCGCGUCAAGAAACUGGACGCAGAGCCAGAGGCUCCCAAGGCGGCCAGCAGCAAGGCAACCGUUCCUGCCAAGGCGGCCUAGAGAUUCUUGUCCUGAUUUGUUGACGAUAGCCUUUUCUUUGAGGCCCCCUAUGGGCUUUGUAUAAACGAUGGAGCGAACGAAAGUGUCAUUGCGAUAGUAAACUAAUUUAAAUGAAUCAAAAAA